AUGGAGUCCAAAGAAGAACAAGUGGGAAAAAAUCUCAAUGUGGAAAAUGCCUUCCAGGAAAACAAAGGAAGGGAGCAGGCCCCUGGGAAGAAUGAAGAGGAAGCCCACCCUUUGGGAGGGGAUGAAGGCUGGGAGCCUGAAGGAAAUGUCAGGCGUGGGUGGGUUAGGUCAUUUGCCCCUAAUUUUCGAUUGGGCCUACCUAAUAUGCAUGUUGAUCACAGUGAAGUGGGAGAUGAUGUAGAACGGUUCACAGAAGAGAUGAUGGAAAUCAGGAGAAAGAUUAGGGAGCAGCAGAUGCGUCAUUAUAUGCGCUCCCACAUUCCUGAACCUGACAAUCACAAUGAUUUUUGCCUUAUACCUUGA